AAUACUACACCACCAGCAGCUGAAAAGUCUUUGAUCAUAUUUGAAUCUGAAUCUGUAUCUGUAUCUGUUAAGCAAGCAUGGCGGAUUGUGCGAGGAAGUUCCUUCUAGCUACCGUAUUAGCUCUAUUAUGUUUCUCAUGGACAAUCGCAGCCUCCGACGGGCCAUUUAUUGUCGCACACAAGAAGGCCGCUCUUACUCGACUCAAAUCCGACAUCGAACGGAUUUCCAUCUCCAUCGACAUCUACAACGAAGGAUCUGCGACGGCAUACGAUGUGAGUCUUUAUGAUGAUAACUGGUCUCAAGAUGUAUUUGAAAUUGUCGCUGGUAACACAUCCAUGUCGUGGGAAAGGCUGGACGCUGGGGCUUCUCUCUCCCAUUCCUUUGAGUUGGAAGCUAAGAAAAAAACAGUGUUUUAUGGGGCACCAGCGGUCAUAACAUUCCGUAUUCCCACUAAGGCUGCUCUACAGGAGGCAUUCUCAACUCCAAUCCUCCCUCUUGACAUACUAGCUGAUAGGCCCCCGGAGAAGAAGUUUGACUGGGCAAAGAAAUUGAUGGCGAAAUAUGGUUCCUUGAUUUCUGUGAUCUCAAUUGUGGUUCUAUUUGUCUACCUGAUUGCGAGCCCUUCAAAGUCCAAUGCUGCGAAAAAGAAGCGCUGAAUACAGAUUAGCUGGCUUGCAACUUGGUCAUUAUUCAGGCAAGAAUGCUUGGAACCUUCCAGCUUAUUCUGUUUGUCCUUGUUAGUCAAACAGUUUAUGUACCAGUUUUUAACUUUUACACUUGUAACAACAUCCAAGCAGGUAAUUAGACUGAGAUGUUAGUCUUCGGCAGAUCAUUAAGCUAAGAUUUUCACUUUUUAUGAGAAUUUUGUUCUGGGUUCCUUGAAUACCUAAGUUAUUGUUUUUUUGUAGUUUUCUUGCUUCUUGAGCAUCAACAAUUUCAUUUUCUUAAUA